GCAUCUAGAUCUACAAUUAAAGGAUCUUACCCAACACUGGCGGUAAUGCGAGCUUGGUGCAUUGAUAAGUGUUUUGGAAUGGAACGAAGAAUCGUCAGAUAAAAAAAAUUGCGAAAGCUGAUCUCAGUAUUAGCAAGACAGAACACUUCAUCAAAUUGUUUGACAUAAUCCCUAUACUUAUCAUUCUUUCCAAAUUAGUGAUCCCCAGCACUCGAGAUUGAAGGGAUUAAGGUGCAAUGGAGGUGUAUAUAAAGCUACCAAUUUGCCAUUGAAGUCAAGUUGACAAGAUGCUACGGUUGUUACUUGUUGUAUUUUGCGCUACCUCCAUCCUCGCAGACACCCCCAAAGGCCCGGCCACAGAUCCAGGUAAAACUCAAGGUCCAGCUCCAAACCCAGCUCCAAAAGGAAACCUCCCCGAAUAUCCAGAGUACUGUAAUGAAAGCUUGGCGAUAAUCAAUUCAGUCAACAAGAGAGGAGACACCGCUCUUCACAUUGCCGCCAAAGCUGGUUUCGUCAACUUAACCGAACACCUGAUCGAAUACGGUGCGAACAUUAGCGCAAGAGAUAAAGAUGGCAAUUACCCAAUCCACAUCGCCACACUAUACAACAACACCGAGACCGUAGACGUACUUAUCAGGGCCAACGCGUCUGUAGAAGUUCACAACAAAGAAGGAAAUUCACCGCUCAUAAUGGCGGUUGGAAAUAACAACUUAAACAUAACCUCAAAUCUUAUCGACCAUGGAGCAAAUGUCAACCACGCUAAAAAAGAUGGCGUCACUCCGCUAUAUACCGCCGUCGCCCAAGGAAAUCUGCAACUCACGCAGACCCUUCUCGAUAAAAACGCAAAGAUUAACUCAACCACUAUGGAAGGAAACACACCUUUGCAUGUCGCCACGACCGUUAAGGAUCCGAAGAUGGUUCAAUUAAUAUUUACUAGGAAUCCGAAUGUCAAAGCAGUAAACAAAAAGAAGUACACCGCGCUUCACAUGGCUGUGAUCCACGGAAAUAAGGACGCCGUCUCCGUAUUGGUUGAAAAGGGCUCCGACCUUGCCGCGCUGAAUGAGGAUGGCAACACUGCUCUGCAGGUGGCAAUAAUUGAAGGCUUCCCUGAUAUUGCAGAGAUGUUACUUAACGCAACUACGACCUAUGCCAUCUGGCUAAGGCGCACAAAGCAAAAUCCCAUCUUCAAUUAAUUACAUUUAAACGUUUGAUAAUGUUAAAUUGUCAUACACCAGUUGCUAU